UGGUGACACUCACUGGGUAACUGCUUACGUUAUGUACAGGGACCGUCAUCAUUCAGCACACUGGUCUACCGCUGUGUGUGGCUGUAGUUCCCCUACAUGCCGCACAGUGGCGCUGUGAGGUUGUAAACCACUUUCUCAAACUUUCUCUGUUGCGUCACCUCCGGUCCUCUUCCGGCACAACUCGUGACAGAUUUUAUUUAUCACCUCCACCUCCCUGCCGGAGUGAAACCACUACAAGAUCCUCCUGCCGCGGUCUUUCAUGGGCCCGGACGAACCCCCCAGAAGAACCUAAACAUGUCUCCGUGGACACAAGUCGUUGAUUAAAGCUGCUACUGUAAGAGACGAACCAUGUGGAGAGUCCAGGGUUUUGUCGGAAGAGUUCUCCAUCGAUUCCAUGGCAGCACCACCCUGCGACUGCCCCAGAACCAUCAUGUAGAGGACGAGGUCAUCAACAGCUCGACUGUCCUCUCCACCUCUCGACAUUCUUCUGACAGCAGUACUCAGAAAGAGCAGGAUGGAGAGAGGAGGAGGAGACAGAGGACCUUUCAGUUUGGCUGGCCUUCACAUGACACUGAUGUUUCUCCACAGGGUGCAGCUGCAGUUCUGUUUAUGCAGAUCUGCAGGAGGAUCCACUCUCAGUUCUCCUCAGGCACAGAGCCCAGUCCAACCCCCGGAGCCCUGACAGCCCCCGGCUCGCUGCAAAAGUGUGGCUACCGCAUCUUGCUGGAGAUCUUAUCCAGGCGUAAUGUCCUGCCCAGAGGAGGGAGUGUGUUGUGCCUACAGGGGGUGCCAGAGAGACAGAACCAAGAUCAGACAGAGACUCAGAGCAGCAGCAGCAGCACUGCAGGUGAUGCUGCUCUUCACAGCAGCAGUGAGCAUCUGACUGCUGACAGCUCCAUCUCUGACCACCAGAGGGCACACCUGAACCAGGAUUUACCCACACUCGACCUUGAGGAAUUACUUCUGUCAGCAUCCUGUCCUCUGCAGAAUGACACCAACCAAGACAAUACUGAGACUACAGAUGCUAAUGACAAGGACCAGUUAUCUGAUGAGGAGAGGCUGACAGGAGCAACACUGAACCUCAGACAUGUGGGAGACAGCAGCGUCCCUGUUAUCCUCAACAUCAUCGGUAUAGAAAGUGCCAAGAGUGAGGACUAUAAGGAAGCAUUUACCUGUUUUCUGGCUGCAGCUCAGCAGGGUUACAGCAAAGCCCAGUUUAACGUGGGUGUGUGCUACGAGAAAGGCAGAGGAGUCGGCAAGGACAGAGAGAAGGCUCUGUAUUACUACCAGCAGGCAGCAACUGGCGGUCACGCACAGGCUCAGUACCGCUAUGCAAAGCUGCUCCUGACCAGCGGGGGGCAGCAGAGUUUAGAGGUGCUGGACACAGUCAUCGACCUGCUGCAACAAGCUGCUGCAGCUGGGCUCACCAAGGCUCAGGUCUGCCUCGCAUCGGUCUACUCUCAGGAGUCGGUGAGAGACUGGAGCAAGUCUGUCCAGUACCUGAAGAUGGCAGCAGAGAGCGGGGAUGACGCCGCCCUGCUGUUCCUUGGUCAGUGCUACGAGAGCGGCCUCGGGGUGCAGCAGAACUUGAGGAUAGCGAUUGAAUUCUACAGACGAGCCGCUCAGGCAGGCAACAGGCAGGCUAAGAGCUUACUGACGCCUCCUAAUGACACAGACAGAAAGGCACAAGAUGCGGUGUUGCGCUCCAUCCGUUCGGACCCCUGUUUCUUUUUAGCCAAUCGUCAGCUCCAGCAGCCGCCCUCCUCUCUGGCCGGUCGCGCCCAUCCCUCCCCCGGUCACCCCACCACCCUUCCCCUCCUGCCUCACUCCUGGAGCACCGGGAACCUGGGGGCACCCUCACCGCUGUCCCCCACGCCCCUUCACCUCCUUCCCCACGGGGCAGAGGGAGGAACCUGCCGAUGGACCGUGGGGAUCGGAUAGUCAUCCUGAGCCAGCACAGGCCAAACUGAGGAAUGUAUUUCAUGGCAUGAAUGUUAUUUUUCACCAGAGGUCAGAGGUUGAAGUGUGUUAGAUUUGUACAUAUUGUGAAGUCUGGAUUAGAGUGAAUAGAUUUUAUACUUGUGAGAAGACUUGUUAAUAUAUUGGUGUGUUUUUUUUAUAUGUCAGAAAUUGUUCGAUACAAGGUCAUGUGCAGAAGGAGAUAUGGAGACUUUUCUAUUAUGUUUUUCUAUGUAGCACAAAUAUUUCUUACAAGCAUCUCUGUAAUAUAAGUUCUGCUGUGGGUCAAAAAAUGGGACCUAGGUGCCUUUGGGUGGGUUGAGAAUUCGGGUGGUUACUUGUUUCUCUCUCCACUGAUGUGGGAUUAAUCCCAUAAAAAAUGGUUUAUCCUAAUUUUGUAUCCUGCGAAAUGUAUCGCUGAGUUUACACCGCUGAAACGGACAAAGUGCUUUACGUCAGUGUCAUAUAACCUUAUAACUUUCAAUGAUACAGUUUUUUUAACAGGUGAAAAGGUUCAGUGCUGUUUGUAGCCAUCUGUAGUGUAAAAGCUACAGAUGAAGAAAAUGGGAAUUACGCCAACCUGUUAAACACCUAGCUGCCAAAGUGAAUUAUGUUGCACUGUGAUGUUCUACUGUAAUGCACAUAUUUGUUAAAAUAAUAAAGGAAAAUAAUCAUAAAAAGUU